AUGUCGGUGCGAUCUAGCUCCCGACGCGGCGGCAGCAAGGUCAAUGGUGCAGGCUACCUACUCGAACCUCCAACCCUAUCGAACGACCUCUCCAACGAGAUCGAAGAAGAGUUCCACCAGCGACAAGAGGAAGCCUCCCGCGCCGUGCGCUCGCUCGAUCAGGACUACCAGCAACGACAAACCCAGGCCUUCACCACCUCAAACGGGCGCCAUCAUGAUCCUCGAGCAGUUCCUGGAACGAACGGGUCCACGCCGGGGGGUUCGAUCAUGUUCCCUUCUUCGAGUGCAGUCUACAUCACUCGACAUGGUCGAUCAGGUUCGUCUGCAUCGGCACCUGUCGCGCCGACGCUGAACAAACGCUCUUCGACGACUUCGACGAACCAACCGAAUCCUUACGGUGCAGGCGACGAAGCCGAAACGAGUUCAGUCGCCAUGGCCGGAUCCCGACCACCUUCAACUACGAGCUUUAGAAACAAAGUCAGUCGACCGCUCAACUCGCAUCGGCGUACCAAGUCCAACACAGGCCAGAGCGUCGUCGACUCGGACUAUGCCGUCGAACACGAUGAUGCUGCUUACGGAGGGAUGGCGACUUCAGCGAGCAAAAAGGCCAGAACGGGGGGUUACUUCUUCCACGAUCAAUCGAUGCCGCCUGGAACUUUGAACGCAGCCAAGAGAAGCAAGAGCGUAUCGGCUUCGCAGACCGCCGUGAACCGUGCUCGGGAGGAAGCGCCGAAACCGACUCAGUCGAGACCUGGGACCGUGAACGGCGGUCGGAAUGGCUACACCGACCAGACUGAAAUCGAAGGUGUAGAGGACCCUGCCGAGGCGGAGCGGGAAGAUACGCUCGAUCGCGAAGAGGCCUGGUACAUGUUGCGAGCACUUGUCGGGCUCGAGUUGGACAGGGAAGAGAGUCAGCUGUGGAAACUCAAGGAUCUAGAUGCUCGAGAGGAUCUCUUCAGGGGUGGUGACGGGUCCGUUGCUAUCCUGAAAACUUGAGGUCCACAAUAUGACUCGCAUACUGACAUCGUUAACGCACGGGUUCCUGCAGAUCCGUUGAGGAAGAGUUCGCGGACGAGAUCGACCCUCGCAACGUUCCCAUCCUGCGCUACCUGAUCCGUCACUUCCUCUUGACUCUCCCGCUCGUACGGGAUACCGUCUCCAAAAACUCCGUCUCACCCGACGACCAAACGGCCUACUGGACCGAAGGCAUCUACCCCCUCAUCCGAGCCUUUCACAACGCCGACCUGUCCAAAGUCGAAGAUCGAGGCAUCGCCAGUCUCGGAGCGCAACUCUAUGGCAAGCAUCUGCGCAAUGCGAUCGAGCGAUUCGUCUCGGCUGGACUGAAGCUGUCAAGUUCUUCGCUUCGACCCCCCUCCGUCGUCGAUGUGGACGCACCUGAUGGAUCCGGGCCCAGUGGGAACUACAACUUCAUGCCCGCAUCUCGGGAAGGGGAUGGAUUGGAAUCGCCAAACUUUUCGCGCGGCGCCGAUUCGAGACGGGAUUCACGUCGUUUCUCGUUCAGCAACCUAUUCAGCGUGGCAGGAGGCAAGAAGGGCAGUGAUCUACCACCAAGCCCCGCAGUCAAGCAACCUCCCACGGGCUUGGGCAUGGUGUCGAACCCCAACAGCCGUCGCGAUCGCAUCGCUUCCACCUACCUGACCCUUGAAGGGAUGAACGAGGGUAUUGGGCUCGAGUUCCGCGGGGAUGAAAACCCGGGCGAUGCCCAGGUUGCUGCGAUGUUCCCUAGUCCGCCGACGAGUCUCGCUACCACCAUUCCCAUCCCUGCUUCAAUUAAUAUCCUAGCGCCCCCUAUCCCAAGCAGUACCACUCUCCCUACGCCUCGCGAGGAGGAACCCGUCAACAAGAACGACGACGAAGAAGAACCUCUGCGCGACGCUCGCUCGCACAAAUCUGGCCAGUCGGAUCAUUCCGUCGCCUGUACCGAGAAGGCUCUGCCGAUGAAGCGAUCCAGCUCGCAUGCCACUCACACCACGGGUGGUUUCACUUCUGGCUGGGACGACUCGGCCAGCUUCGUUUCGGCUCUUGAAACGGCUGGAACGCGCACGGCGGACGAGAGCGGCCGUGAUCUGGAACAACAGGGUCUUCAAAGUACUCCCGACGUCCCUAUCUUCCCUUCGAGCGUGCAGAUGCGCAAGCAGAAGAGCGAAGGUGCUCGGACAAUCGAGGCCAGCGAUUCGAACAAGAGAAUCUCGGCCUGGCUGGAAAGCGACGAAAUGACCUUGACUGCUCAUCUCGAUGAAGCCUUCUCCACCGGCGCAGGUCAGAGGAGCGCUACAACGACACCAACGCGAGAGCUGGAGGACCCCUUAGCUGGUCAACCCUACAUCAUCGAUGAUGGUGACACCACAAUCCGCCUCGGCGCACCAAUCAGUCCCGCCGGUUCAUCGUCGCCAAGAGGCAUCUUUGGUUUUGCGUCUCGACUGCGGACGUUAUCGAGCAACAAGAACCAUAGGGAAAACGCGGACGACAACAAGGAGAUCGCAGCCAUGGCCCUCCCUGCAGAGCUGAUGAACAGUCGACCUGUGCAAUCGGCAGCUCUCCAACCCAAGCUAUUGUCGAAGGGUGGCGCGCCAUGGCCAUUCGGAGCUCCCGUGCCUUUCUGGCGUGGUGCACCCUACGAGCGACUCAAGUGGGGUGGGUUUGAAGCCGACGUCGUGGGCGUUCGCAACGGCCUUUUCUCCCAUGCCUUUAUCAUCCGAGUGCGUCGACCCCAACGACUGGAUGAAUAUGUCGUUCGCUCGGAGGCGCAAUUCCUGAAGUACUUCAAGGUGCUUGACCGCCAAUUUCCGGCGGCUCACAUCCGCCGCAUCCCGACUUCGGAUCCCAAAGACGACACCGUCGUCACCCUCACACCGGCCCUGUUCUCGGCUCCUAGCUCGGCCUCGAUCGUAAUGUUUCGACGCGCGGCCUCCACUGCCACGAUCGCGGAUGCUUCGCCGGAAGGUCGAAGCCACUCUCGACUUGCAGCAGGCCUUCGAGAAGCCGCCGCGGACCCUUCGUCGCCGUCGCAUUCGUCGGUUUCGAAUCGGCAUAGCGUCCAUUCGAACUUCGCCAAGACCCUCCGAGCUCAAAGUCUGAACGGGGAUCUUAAGGGCGUUCGACGCAACACCGUUUCAGGAGUGACUCGACCGAGUUUCACUUCGCGUGCGUUGAGCAUGCUCUCGAACCGGUCCAACAACUCACUCGCGGCGCGCAUGUCGUUGCCGAUGGAGAUGAAGAAGAUGCCCCCUCAUGAUGCGAGGAGGAGGGCGUUGAGGGCUUGGUUGAGGGAUACGUUAUCAAUUCGCACCAUCGGGCAUCACAAGGAGACGGCGGCUUUCUUACUUUUAGGCGCGAUCGUGCCCAAGGACAGAGAGUGAGUCUACACCCAUCUAUCCGUACGGCUUCUCUGGCCGAGACUGAUAUUAUUGCGCUCUUCCAGUGUCGUCGACAUCACUCGACGUGAGGUGAUCGAUGAAGCAAGACGAUCUGCUCGAGUGGGCGUGGCCGGCGGAGCCGCUGAGCGCGCGCGCGUCGCCCGAGCUCACUGGGAUGCGGUCGAACGUGAAUGCAUCAACGGCGACGGCUUCGUCGCCAUCUCGGAUGCUUUGCGCAACGUCAGCGACAUCGAGAAGCUCCCCGCUCGCUACUUCAAGACGAUUGAAUCGUUGCGCUUCACCCUCGCGCAAGGCCUGUACGACCUCUUCGUCGGCGGCGAGGCCUCGGGGCCAAUCUUCACAAAGCUGAAGGCAUUGCAUGCCGCGUUCCCGUACUUCCUCGUCAAACAGGCGUUCAAGAUUGGCCGGUCCAAGACGAUGGCCAAAUACUUGCAGGACAUCCUGUUGGCUCGACCGUUCGGGAGCAAGAGCUUGCUACAGAAGUAAGUCACACUCUCCAUGAAGCCCUCAGAGAUAAUAUCUGACCCAUCAUCUAAUCACGAUGCACCUCAUCAGGAUUCUCGCCAUCACGCUCGACGAUGACCCUGCAGCAUUGCUCGAGCAAAUUGCGCGGUACCGUCAGCGCAUCGGCUCGGCGACGAUGACAGAGAAGCUCGACAUCUUUGCCUACGAAUCGCGCGAGAAGAAGGAGGUCGUCCGCCGUUAUGCCGGUAAGUGGAGAAUGUUGUGCGUUCAUAGCCCCUCAGACCGGUGCGCCCAUUCUGAUGAGCGUGGACAUUGCAGAGGAGAACGGGAUCGAGCUCGUCCUCGCCAUCGUUCGUGGAGCCGACGAGCCCCGCUUACCCGCUUACGAAUUGGAGCGUGUCGUACGAGCCAGUAAACGAUACCGCGCCUUCAUGAAGACCAAGCCUUCGGCCCUCGCCAGGGCUCAAGUGACGGACACGGAUGUCCGCCUCGUGCUCGACCUGCAGUACUACUUCCGCCUCGUCUCGCGCGAUCGCGACUCCACCAUCAUACGCGAAAUGCUCGGUGAAGAUGCGAUCGCCUCUGCUCUCGAGGUUCUCGCCGGUCCCUUUAUCGAGCUGAUCAAGCGCAUCUACAAAGUCGGCAAUCUCUCGCAAGCUGUUGGUAGCUUCCAGCGGUUCCUGGAUCAGUUGAUCAUUAUCAUCGAGGCGCUGAGAUCGAGGAUCCAAGAACCACAAAAGAGCGUGAGGAUCUUGGCGAGGUUGCUGGGCCGUCAUCAGCAGGCGUUCUAUGAGUUCAUUCGCUCGAUUCAUCGCGGUGAGACCAUCAUUGAGGAGCUAUUGCAAUGGUUCUGGUGAGUCUGUUCGCACCCUUGAUUUUUUUAGGUCCAGCGACUAAACACGCUUCUCUGAUCCGUUCAGGACCGCUUCGGUCUUCCUUCGACGAGGUCUCGCCGAACCCGUCAACCUCGAUGAAGUCCUACCUGAAGAUCACGAGGAGAAGAUGUUCUUCCUCUACGAGGUCGAGGAUCUCGUCACGUACCACCGAAGGAAGCGUGCCAAGCAAUAUCAAGUCAUGUGCCGCAGGUUCGCCGGCGACGUUGACGCCGAUGAUCCUGUCAUUGUCGAAGGAGAUGGUGAGUUCUUGUAUUGUCAUUAGGUUGAGCGACCUUCACUAACGAAGCCGCUCUUUCUCCUGCCCAGGCAAAGGAAAGUCGAAACUCGAGCCUUUCGCCGAACCGCGCCCUCGGCCUGUCACUUUGCUCGAACUGCCCAUCUACCUCGACGGUUUCACUGCCCAACUCAAACGCGUCUUCGCCGUCUGA